AUGGUGCCCCCCUCCGGGAAGUCCUCCACUUCUGGGGCUGGAGAAAAACUCAGCCAUGAAGCCGAGAAGAACAUCACAGAAUCGGAACUCGAAAUCGGGACCACCCUUCCAGAGAAAACCACUUCCGAAACGGAUUUUCCACGACGUGCCGGAGCGACGUACUCUUCAGUGGAGCCUCGUUCCAAAGGCCCCCUAACGCAAAGGAUGAGAGCUCUUUUCGCAAGAGACGGACCAUUACGACCGUUUAGACUCCUGAAGCAAGAUAUACGCAAUAUCAGGAAACGAUACAUCUCAGACUGGACGCUUUUUAACCAGCUCGUGUUUGCUAGCGCGAUCUAUGUCUUUUUCACGAAUCUAUUGCCGGGCAUCACGUUCGCGAGUGAUCUGUAUGUGAGGACUGGGACGAAUUGGGGGACGAUUGAAGUUGUGUUCAGUACUGGGCUGUGUGGGAUUAUUUUCUCGCUAUUUUCCAUCCAGCCCCUGACGAUCCUUGGAGUGACUGGACCAUUCGCAGUAUUGGCUGAGAACAUAUACGAACUAUGUGAGACUUCGUUCCACGUCGAUUUCCUCUCCAUGAUGGCCUGGUCACUCAUCCAUGCCGGCUGGAUGCACUCUCUCCUGGCAAUCUUCAACGCCCACGACUGGACGAUGAAAUACGUGACCACAUUUAGCGCAGACAUCUUCUCUCUCCUCAACAGUGUCAUCUACUUCCACAAAGCGGUCCAGGAGCUCCAGCGCAACCACGAUACCGUCUCUUUCGCCUCCUUCUUGUACUCUGUCAUUGGCGCCGUCGGGACCUUCCUCCUCGCCGUCUUCCUGUCUACAGCUAACUCUUGGAAACCGCUCUUUCAUCGCUACAUCCGCAUGGGUCUUGCCGAAUACGCCGCCGCCAUCUCCAUCAUCAUCUUCAUCGGCAUGCCGCAAAUCGGCGAACUCGACACCUUGGACAAAGCCACCCUCGUCGUGCAGACCUCCUUCCGGCCCUCCGACCCUGCCCGCUCCACAUUCUUCGUGCACUUCUGGAAGCUCCCCGUGCCCUGGAUCUUCGCAUCCAUCCUCCCCGGCGCCAUCAUCACCCUGCUGUUCUACUUCGACCACGAGAUCUCGUCCAUCAUCUGCACCCUCCCCCGCUACGGCACCAAGAAGCCCGGCGGUUUCGCGUGGGAUAUCAUGUUACUGGGCACUACUACCGCUCUCUGUGGGGUCUUGGGUAUUCCUCCAGCCAACGGUCUGUUGCCGCAAGCCCCGCUCCACGCCGAGUCCCUGCUGCAUACCAUCACCUCCCCCAACCCUAGCACGAGCCUCAACCCGGCGACGGGGGAGAACGAAAUCUCCUUCGAGGAGAAGAAAGAAGUCUACGAGCAGCGCUGGUCCCCAUUUAUGCAAGCCGCCGGCAUCCUCGUCUUCGUGUCCCCGCCCUUCCAGCACGUGCUGGGCCUCACCCCGACCUCGGUGCUUGCGGGCCUGUUCCUGUUCAUGGGCGAGCAAUCGCUGGCUGUGAACCCGAUCUUGUACCGCAUCUUCUACAUGCUGACCCCACCCUCGGAACUGCCCCCACUCCCACCAGGGGUGAGGAACUACUGGGGGGUGCACGGCUUCACCGCCGUGCAGAUCAUCAUGACCGGCAUCAUUUUCUACGUGACGCUGACGGUCGCCGCGCCAGCCUUUCCAGUCCCUACCCGCCUCCUCCUCAUGAACAAGAUCUGGAGCCGCGACACCCUCCGCCUCGUCGACGCCUGGGCCUGCAGAGACGGCACCCCCGAGGACGAGGAGGACGAGCAGGAGGCGACACCAACACCAUCGUCAUCACCAUCACCCCUAGCAGCAGUGGCAGAAACCCCCGCCGCCGAGAAAAGAGGAAAGGGAAGGAGCAGCGGGGGCGUGGUGCUGAUGGGUCAUGAUGUUGAUGGCGCCCUCGUUUGA